UUUACUACGUGCAGAAUUUCCGGAUGUGUAUUGUAAAAUGGCUGCGCUGUGGGCUGAAGUGAAUAUGAAGUGAUGCGAAUUGGGGACUUUUCGCCUCAAACUCUUUGCGAAUGACAGUGAAUAUUGAUAAUCCAAGAACAUAGAAUCAACUUUAAUGAAGUCUUCUCCCCGUUGGAGCGGGUCAGCAUGCAGGGAAAUGUGAUACUAUGGGUUCGCAUACUCUAGAAGUUAUCCGUCAAGGAUUGUGGGGUUCAGUGACUGGCGGAUGGUAUUUUGAUCCUCAUCAAGGAAUUUUCUGCAACACACUCCACCUGUAUCUGUGGAUAAUUUUAUUGUGUUUGCCCCUCACUUUUUAUUUGGCAUUCCCACCUACAAUAGCAGUAUGGGUCAUAUACAGUGUGAUCAUCACCAUCACCUUCAGUGUGAUCAAGAUAAUAAGCUAUCGUAUGCAUCUCAUGUUUGAUGUCGGUGAACAUGAUGGAGCUGCUAACACAGAGGAGAAUGGAGAUGAGAAAGCAGCUGGAGAAAAGGGUGAUAGCGAGGAGUUGGAGUCCAGCUCUCAGAGUCGAGACUUGGAGAAAGGAACAAGUAGCACCCUCAGUGCCCAUGGGCACAGCUCAUCAAGGAUUGGUGAGGAUAGUGAUGCUAUUGAGAUGGUAGAACUCAACUCCAAUCGUCCUAACUAUCACUCAGGAACAUCUAGCAGGACCAGAAGCAGGACUGCAUCUUCCAAUAAAAGCACAAAAGUGAAUGCGGAUGGUGCUUCUAGCAAUGGUAAUAUUGAGGUAGAAGUUCACUCCCAGAGGAAAGACCUGUCGGCAUGGGAGGAGACCCUCUUACAAGCUCUUAAUGCCAUUGAAAGAGGUCAUAGAGAUGAUAGUCAUACCAGUGAUGAUGGGCUUGAUAGCAAUGACCAGUCUCUUUCAGAUGACUCAAAACCACAAGGUGCAGGAGGAGGCAAUGAUACCCCUAGUAUUACCAUAGAUGACGGAGUAAGAUCACGCUGUGUAACCACAUCAUUCCUCGAAUCCUGUGAGGAAGCAGAUGCACCUUGGAAAGAUAUGGACUCAUCUAAUGACAUCAGGGACAGGGCCAGGCUAAAAUCAUCCAAAGGAAAGUCUUCAGCCAAAUCAGGCAAACACAGAACUAAAAGCUCUGGUAUAUCAAAGAGUGUGAGUAGCCAGGGUGUGUCCACAAGCACUCCUGCGGAUGACGAAGAUAGCAAGGACUUGUCCAAGUUGAAAGAUCGUAACAAGAGGACUUCCUGUAGGUCUUUGGAGAGUGAUCCUUGGGUGAUGAGGGCCGAUGAGCUCGCUUGGGAAGAUGAACUAGCCAUCAUGGACCAGAUAUUUGCUCCUAUGAAAGUAGUGAAAGGAGAGGAAUCGGGGGAUGAAUCAGCCAAAAAAAGUAAUGAUGAUGAUGAUGAAGAAGAAGAAGAGGAGGAGGAGGAAAGUGUCGAGAAGCCACCUGCUACCAAAAAGAGUGACCUGGAGAAGGUUGUUGAUGUGAAGAAAACCAAAGUGAAAAGGAUCAGGAGAUCACAGUCCGAGUCAGACUCAGGACUGGAUCAAAGUAAAAUUAUUGAUUUCAGGACUAGCGGAGCAGGGAGUUUGAAUCCCCGACGAAGUUCAGGUGGGACUAGGGUAGGACCUAGAAUUAUAUCAGUUGGACCUCCCUCCGGGAGUUCAUCUGUUGACUCAGCUAAAGCAGAUGAAGUAGCAUGUGGGUCUGGGGCUAAGCCAAAGAAACAUGGUGAGAAAUCUGAGCGUAAACGGAACCUGAGCACAGUUCCUACUUCUCCCCUGGAGGGGAAUAAUGAACGGUCGUCAAGGAAAAGCCGGCACGCCAGUGCCCCAAGCUCAUCAGCAGGGAAUUUUAAGCGAGAGAGUAGCAAAGAACAAAAACGAAAGAUAAAAGAGAAGAACAAGCCACAUGACGCUUAUAUAUCUACAGCAGAUCGCUUAAAUAAUAAUAAUGAAGUGCAUGUGAAAGGAACGCACACGAAAGAACCAAAGCAACCUCUUUCUGCAUCUUUUUCAGAAGGUAGCUCAUGUGAACCAUUGUCGUGUUUUGGUAUAGAUGACAGUGAAAUAAGUGGACAAAGUGGUUCAAGCAACACCUUGACACCGGAACAUAGACUGCGUAGUCACUCCUUGUCCUCCAGCCUUAGCUCGGGAUCAGAUGAUAGCACUGUCAUCUCAGAACGAUCUGCUUUUCUGGGUUCUUCUGCCACACCUAGUACUCGGAGCACAUCAAGUUCAACAGGUCUUCAGUGGCUGUUUGGUCUGGAAGGAGAAUCACCAAUGCAACUCAGCAGCCGGGGUAGUAGCCCCACUUCAUUCAGAUGUCAGCCAGGUCCAAGUGAAGAAGCAGCAAGUACAAGCUCCUUUGAUGCAAGGAGCAGUGAUCGAUCACAAGACAGGACUAGAGAGGGAGCUAUCCCAAAGCGUAGGGCAAUCGUGGAGCGCAGUACAAGUGAAGAAUCUGCUCGUUAUGAUGAACCCUACGUAGCUCCGGAUGGAACUGUUGUUAGCAACCAUCUUCUGAGUAAGAUGAUGAGGAGGAUGCUAAGAGAAGAAUCUAUUAGGUCACAAUUAGAAGGAGCAGUGAAUCCAAACUUCAGAAGGAGAAGGCGGUGGCAAGCCAGAUACGUUAGUUCAACGAGUGAAUCCCGACAGAGAGUGAGAAAUAGCAGAAGUACCUUCCAUGGUUCAACCGCUGCUGAAGAUGAGACUAGACAGAGGCAUGCAUCAGGAGAGAAGUCAAGAAGACAUAAUUCAGAUUCAACAGAAAUGGUAGGAAGCCGAGCAAUGAUACCCAACUCAUCUCCUCACAAUGCGGCACUGACUAUGCUGUCUAGAGCAGAGGGAAGGUACCUAGCUACCAAUCAUAACGAUACAUCCCCUGGUUCGGUUCAUUGCUUUCAAGAUGAACAUGGUAACUGGAUGACCUACACAUUUAGUGAUAACAGCUCUGGCAUUGCUCAGAGAGUUGAAGCUGAUCAGAAUCAGUCUCCUGAAGCAUCACCUUCACCACCUAAAGAAUCUACAAGCAACGAAUGGGAAGAGACAUCGAGCUGUCAUUCUGACUCUACCGUCAUAUCAGUACCGAAGCCCAGGCCACCUCCUAGGGCCUUACGUGCCAUCAGCAGCACGUCCGCAGGCGGAACCAGCGUUGGAGGAGGAGCAGGGGUAGCUAGCAGCGGGAUAGACCUGGACCUUCCCACCAAUAUCCUGGACCGUUUAACGGAUCCGCACCAGUGGGAGGCCACCCUGACGGGUCUCUUUGAUGCCUACCCUAACAUGGACUCUAGUAGUACUUAUGAAGAGAUGCACAGCAUGGAGAGUAGGUCAGCAGUGGCGGCCAGGGCCACGGGACGGUGGAUACGCAAUAGGGACAACAAGGUCAAGGUCCUCCAUAACUAUCGCUUCUGGGUCCUGCCCUGGAGAUCAAUACGAGUCAGCUUUGAUAGACUGGCAUUCUUGGCCCUCUUUGACAGGAAUCGCACAGUGGUGGAGAGUGUUUUUGCAGUUUUGCUAGCAGUACUAGUAUCCCUCUUUGGCUUUGCUGUCAUGACGCAAGGUUUCCUUUAUGAUUUUUGGCUGUUUUGGUUCUGUCUCAUCAUAGCAAGUUGUCAGUACUCGCUUAUCAAGAGUGUUCAACCAGAUGCUGCCUCCCCAAUGCAUGGUCACAAUCCAGUAAUAGCUUACAGUAGACCACUGUACUUCUGCCUAUGUUGUAGCUUGAUUCUUCUACUAGAUCAUCUGUCCAGUACAUUACCGCAUCGAAACAGAACGCUCUUUGAGCUCUACAACUUUACCUUCACUACGCUUGAGUUACUUAUAUUUGCAAGGGAUCUUUUAUUAGUGUUUAUCUUGUUCUUUCCUCUGGUCUUCCUAGUGGGUCUCCUCCCUCAGUGCAAUACGUUUGUUAUGUAUCUACUAGAAACAGUGGAUAUUCACAUAUUUGGAGGCAGCGGUACCACUGGUUUGGGAGCUGCUGCUUACUCCACCUUCCGUAGUAUAAUAGCUGUACUGGUUUUAUGCGGGUUUGCCUAUGGUGGCCUUCAGGAUGAAGAAGCUUCAUCCCAACAUGUGUUGUUCUCUGUGUUUUGUGGGUUAGCUGUAGCAGUCAGCUAUCAUCUCAGUAGAAGUGCCUCCAAUCCCGGUGUCGUAUGGUCUAUUAUCAAGGAACAUGUGAUGCCUGAGGAUCAUAGAGGGAAUACUGAAGAGACUGAAGAAGAACAGAUCAGGGAUCCUCUUCCAGACAAACUUAAGAAGUCUGUGAGUGAGCGUCUUCAGUCUGAUUUGAUAGUGUGCCUUGUGAUGUUGGCAUUUGUUACUGCCCUUCAUGUCAGUACUGUCUUCACUGAACUCAUGCCUGCAUUGAGCUAUGUUUUGUUCAUCAUCGCCGUAGUUGUAGGAUUUCUUCUCCAUUACAUCUUGCCUCAGCUUAGGAAAGAGCUUCCCUUUGCUUGCUUCUCACAACCCCUUCUCAAGAGUAGAGAGUACCAUCAGUUUGAAGUCAGAGAUGCAGCCAAGAUCAUGCUAUUUGAGAAACUAUAUGUAUGGUUAUGUUUCAUUGAGCGCCAUGUACUUUAUCCUUUGGUCUUUGUAAGUGGACUCACUACAUCGGGACCAGCCAUUGCCAAAAAAUUCACUCCAUUUGGUGGAGCCAUCUUGAUGAGUAUUUGUGGUGUGAAGCUAUUGAGAGGUGCGUACGGAGACACGGCUCGUCAGUACCCUAUCCUUGCCUUCACAGCUCUGUUCUUUAAGUACGAUUAUACGGCAGGAUCAGAGACAUACCUCACAGAUUACUUUGUCAUCCAUUACUUCAUCAUGACCAUUCUACUCACUAAGAUAUAUGAAUGGUUGCUGAAGCUUCAGUUUGUCUUCACCUACAUAGCGCCGUGGCAGAUCACAUGGGGGUCAGCAUUCCAUGCCUUCGCCCAGCCUCUUAGUGCUCCUCAUUCUGCUAUGUUGUUUGUCCAGACGACCAUCUCUGCAUUGUUCUCUACUCCUCUCAAUCCUAUCCUCGGCAGUGCAAUAUUUAUUACAUCUUAUAUCAGACCAAUGAAGUUCUGGGAGAGGGAUUACAAUACCAAAAGAGUGGAUCAUUCCAACACAAAGCUCUCCACACAGCUUGAGAAAAAUCCUGGUGCCGAUGACAACAAUCUGAAUUCCAUCUUUUAUGAGCACCUGACACGAUCCCUGCAGGAGAGUCUAUGUGGUGAUCUGGUGCUGGGUCGAUGGGGUAACGUGAUGGCUGGGGAUUGCUUCAUCCUAGCAUCGGACUACCUCAAUGCUCUGGUACACAUCGUAGAGAUGGGAAACGGCUUCCUCACAUUCCAGCUACGGGGACUUGAAUUCAGAGGUACCUACUGUCAACAGAGGGAGGUUGAAGCUAUUACAGAAGGAGUGGAUGAAGAUGAUGGAUGUUGUUGCUGUGAGCCUGGUCAUCUACCCAGGAUGUUGUCUGCUAAUGCUGCCUUUGGUCAGCGAUGGUUAGCUUGGCAGGUGACCGCUAGCAAGUAUGUUCUCUUAGGUUACAGCAUCUCUGAUAACUGUGCUUCCUCCAUGCUUCAAGUCUUUGAUCUCCGCAACAUCCUCAUCACAUAUUAUGUCAAGAGUAUCAUUUACUAUGUUGUCCGGUGCCCAAAGCUGAAUCAGUGGCUUGAGAGUGAAUCUCUGUCUGCUGCCCUCGAGGGCACCACAGUACCCAAGUACGUGGACUGUGACCCGACCUUCAACCCCAAGAUCGAUGACGACUACGACCAGGUCAAGAAGGGGGUUACACGUGAUAGUUUCUGUGACUGCUAUCUGGAGUGGAUUCAGCACUGUGCAAGCAGACGACAAGAGCCCCUUGAGAGUGGUAAAGAUUCUCAGUUAGUCACCCUAUGCUUCGGACUGUGUGUGCUAGGAAGGAGAGCUUUAGGUACAGCAUCACACCACCUCUCGACAAGUAUCCUGGAGUCUUUCCUGUAUGGUCUACACGCAUUGUUCAAGGGCGAUUUCCGUAUCACAUCUCCCAGGGAUGAAUGGGUCUUCCAAGAUGUUGAGAUGCUCAGAAGGUGUGUUGCUCCUGGUGUUAGGAUGUCUCUCAAACUUCAUCAGGAUCACUUCACAUCCCCUGAGGAGUAUGAUGAUCAUCAAGCCCUAUAUGAUGCUAUUUCAAGCCAUGAAGAGAACUUAGUGAUAGCUCAUGAAGGGGAUCCAGCAUGGAGGAAUGCAGUCUUAUCCAACACCCCUUCACUUCUAGCACUCAGGCAUGUUUUGGAUGAAGGAACCGAUGACUAUAAGAUCAUCAUGCUCAACAGAAAAUACCUCAGUUUUAGAGUCAUCAAGGUCAAUCGAGAGUGUGUCCGUGGCUUGUGGGCGGGGCAGCAACAGGAGCUGGUCUUCUUACGCAAUCGCAACCCUGAGCGCGGCAGCAUCCAGAACGCAAAGCAGGCUUUGCGCAACAUGAUAAACUCUUCGUGCGACCAACCCAUCGGGUACCCCAUCUACGUGUCUCCAUUGACAACGUCGUACGCAGACAGCAACAAGCAGCUCUGCAGUGUGAUUGGUCGACCGCUCAGUUUUGCCUGUAUCAGGGAGAAUGUUGCCAAAUGCUGGACAAGGUUAGUACAACGUUGUGUAGCUGGGUGUAGCAGUGGUGGUACUGUGAGGCGUAGCGGAGAUAAGGAAGAAGGCGAUACCAACCAACAAGGUACUGGGACAGGGAGCGGAUCUGGGGAUCCGACACGUCAACAGCAAAUGCAACAGCACAUGCAGCAACAGCAACAACAACAGCAGUCACAGCAGCAAGGGGGUUCGGAGAGCGGCUCGGUGCGCCAGACACCGGCCCACAGCCGAGGGGGAAGUGGGCAGGGUUCAAACCUCGGGUCAGGAAGGAGGCUGAACAUGGGGCGGGUCCCCAUAGCCAAUCUAGCCACCCUAAUGAUGGAGGACUACGGAGGGCCAGGGGGUAAAGAGUCUCUGCUCAACCACCGAGUUAAGAUCAUUGAUGAAUGCAAGGUGUAUGACCGUCUCAACAUCAACAAGUUCGUAAUGUGGCCUGAUGAGACCAUGCGGCAGAGCGGCGGCGCCAGCGGCUGGAAGGGAUGGUCCCCCGCCCCCGGAGCCGAGGGACAGGUAGUCCACGUCUGGGUACCCUUCCACAUGGACCAAGCCAGACGAUCACAUAUAGACAAGACUAUUCUGCUGGUCAAGAUCGAGAACAAGUUUGUGCCUAUAGCUGAUAGCGGGGUCCUGGAUGUAGGACCUGAAGUACAUUUAUAGCCCCUAUUAGGUGACCAGACAUUUGUUAUAGAUCAGGCUUCAAGUAUUUGUUCAUCCAGUUUUGUAUGCAGACUUCUUAUUACUGCAGCAAUGUAAAGAAAACACAUUACAUAGAAACUUGUGUUCAGGAUAUCCCAUCUCUCUGUCUCAAAAAAGUGAAACCACUAUGCCAUGUUAAAAGAAAGAAUAUCAUUUGUUACUGUUUUAGGGCAGCCAUGUUUUAUUUUCUCCAAUUCUUUUUUUUAAGAUUCAUGGAUUUUGUUCCAUUAUUAUCAUCCAUUGGAACAGCUGUUGAUCAUAUGUUGUGUGUAAGAUAACAAUUGCAAAUAUCUGUUGCAAUUUUACAAUUGAUAGAUUAACUGAAGUUGUAGCAAAUCAGUUUAAUCUCCUUAUAACUAGAAGCAGAUCAGCAAUCAAUUGCAAAUUUGCAAUUGAUUAAAGACAUAAGAUUGAUUUUGGGGCCCCCAAAUAUAUUUCACUUGAUCGCAAAGGUCUUGCAAUGACCCAUUUAAUAGUCUUUGUUGACCUUUGUACCUAAUGAAGAAAACUACCUUGUACGUUAUGCAAAUCAAUGUAUUAGUGUUUGCUCAUACAUGUUAAAGACGUGUUCAGCACAGUGUGUAUGAAUUCUGUGUACUUUGUGUAGAGUGUGAAAGUUGAUACAAAAGGAAAGCUGCAUUUUGUUAGUUUGUGAUGAGAAGCCUAUACCGCUGCAAUGCAGAGACAAAAGUAGAAAUACAUUUUUGUUUAAAGCCACUUCUUUAUUUUGUUUACAGUGAUAUUAUCUUUGAUUCACAGAAUGAUUGCGUUUAGGUGAUUAUAGUUUUAAUUUCUGCAAUAAUUAACCAAAGCAGAGAGGACUAACCUUUUCUGGAGUAAACUUCGUAAUAUAGAGGUUUGAUAUGAAUUGUCUAUUCAGUUUACAUUUCUUAUCGCUUGUAUUCGUUCACUUUCUUAAUUAUAUUAUUUUCCUGCAAAUAUUGAUGCAUAUAUUCAGGAUUAAAUUUUAUGUGACAGAUGUUAAUUCAUCUCUGAAAUGUUUGUGCAAAGUGCCCCUGUUUCCCCUCACAACUCUUUUACGACUUACAUGCAGUAAACAUAAACAGUACUUUGCAUUUACACAUAGGGAAUCAAAAGGUUACAUUCCUAAGUAUUGCAUUGGAUCAAGUGAGUUUAACAAAAUAAAAUCACCAUGAGUUUGUUGGCGAAUGAAACAGUUAAGAUAUGUAGGCGUUUUUUUUAAAAUAUAUAUACAAGAUAUAUAUAUUUCAGGUGUAUUUUGUUGAAGAUGAGAGAGAGUAUAUGUGUAGUUCACUUGUACUAGGGAGGAACUGCUAUUAUCGCUGUAUGACUUAAUGAUUAUAUAAGGCACAGACACUUGACAUAAACAUUUGCAUUUAUUUGAAAAUUUUCAAUAAAACGUUUAUGCUCCACAUUUGUGAAUUAUUUUUAUAUUAAAAAUAUCAGUAAAUGUUGGCAUAUCAUUUAUGGCACCCAAAUGAUGUUUUUCAUACUUGUUUCUUACUAAAAGCUGUAGUAAAUUGUUUUGUGACAGCUUGCUUUACCGCCGGCUUGCUGUGCCGUGUCUGGAAGAAGUCUUUACACUGCUGAGUUGGCUGAACUUAUAUGGACCCUCCAGUACUUUGUUAUUACACAGACCUCUCAUUAUGUAUUUUUAAAAAUCAAUUUAGAAAAAUUUCAAUAAGACAAAGAAAAUGUGGUAAUAGAUGUUUUAUUAUAAACCAGUGAACUAUUAGCCUAUGAUUAUAUGCUAUGCAUUGAUAUUAAUGGUGAUGUAUACAGGUGUCUGUUUUUACUCUAGAAAGUACUAUAUGUUCUUAUCUUCUCUAUUUAGAAUAAAGAUAGAUCGAAUAAAAAGAAGAAUUAUUAACUAUAUGAGCACUUUUGAUAAGUGUAAUAUGUGUAAUUGUUUAAAAAAUGAAGAUGAUAUAUUGAAAGUUAAGGAAUGCAUUCAUUUUGUAUCAUACUUUGUAUAUCGAUGAUCACAACAAUGUAUGACUACUGCUUAUUUCUUACACUUUGUAACAAUGAUCUAUGUAUCUAAUUAUUUAUCUGUUGUAUGUUAUUAACAUGAUUUGUAUUUUUUUAAGAGAGAUAAUCUAUGAUGAAAAAUGAGAUAUAUCACCACCUAGAUAAUACUUCUAUUGACGGUGAAAUGCUAUAUAAAAGUGUGUGUACUAAUAUUUCUUUAAGACUUAUUGACUAUGAAUAUGGUACACUUUUGUGCAAAUACUGAAAUGUAUACUUGUAUUUAUAUUAUUUAGUUUCAUUUUUUUUCUGUUUACGUAGGUUCUUUUUGAGCGCCCCUCAUAGUCCACCAUCAUAUUAGGCCAAAGAAAUUGCAUGUAUUCUGACCGGCUUACAUUCCAAGCAAUAGAAGAUGAAGUUUGCCUCGGAAUACAAUUAAGAUCCUUCAAAGUUCGGUAUCUAAAAAUUUGUUGCUUGUUUUGGUUGCGUAUUUUGAUUAAGUCAUAGUUUGGACAUGACAGAGGUUGCAUAUGUAAUGUUCCAUGAUGCUUAUUUUCUCUGCUUAUUUGUAAUUCACCAGGUAAAGAAAAGACGGUCCGAAUCCAGCUUCAUAUUACACAUGAUAAAAGUAUGCCACAACCAGCCACUGUGUAGGAUCAGAGACAACCUUUUCCAAUCUUUUUUUUUUCAUACCGUAAGAUUAUUCUGUUGUAUAGGAUAUUGGAAACGUUUCAUGAACCAUCUCGUCAAUGAUUUUCACUGACCUAAUUCAUUCUGAGCCAAUCAGAUGCAAUGAUUUCAAUAGCUUAUAACAACUUUCAGUCAAACUCACUGACUCUUUGUUUCAUGAAAUGCUCCCAUUAAUCAAUACCUUUCUGUCUGUACAUGUAGAGCUAGUGAGUUUGAAAAUGAAGUAAUUUCACCCAUAUUGCCGCUGUACUCUCUUCUCUGAAGUAUAUAAAAAAAUUUAGAUAUUAUACACAUGUCAUGUUUUUAUUUUCAUCAAAGUGAGCGAUGUACAUAGAUGUACAAAAGUUGACUGCACUAAAGACUUAACUCAAGAAAGCCAUUCAAUAAAUAGGUUUAAAACUGUAUUGGACAGAAAUAUUACUGUGUUGAAUUAUCAAUUAAUGUUUAAAAUGGUCUGAAUAUUUUCUGUUGUUGAUCAAGCGGACUGAGGUAACUUUAUGGGUGAAUGUUCUGAAAAUGUGUUAGUGAUUGUAUGCUUACCAGAGAUAUGACCAUUUCUUAUGAUUUUCAUUAUGUCAUUUCUUUGUUUGUACAUGGUUUAAUGUUAUUUACUCUGAACAAAUGCAAUGAAUUUUUAUUUUAUCGUGUCACAAUUUAUCCAGAUGACCAUUAACAUGAGUUUAAUGAAUUUGAAUGCUGUUCCUUUUUGCUCAGGCUAACAUUACUUUUUGAUAUUACCAUUUACUAAUGAUCGAUUAAAUGAAUAAGAGUAGUCAUUUCGUGUUCUUUCAGACUUUUGCUCAGUUGCAUUUCAUGACUUUAUUGGCAAACAUUAUUUUGCAACGAUAAUGGAAAUUAUCUUUUUUUAGAUGCUGCACUGGUAUGUUAUGCAUACCCAUGAAAUUUUGUUGUAAUGCAAUGUGUAAUUGAAAAUGCAUAUUGCUUGAAUAGAAACUACAGGAAUAUUGUAUUUUCUUGUAUGUUAAUAUAAAACGAUUACUCUUUAUACCCGGUAUUGUUUGUUAUAUCAGUUUAUUUAAGGUGUUCUUAAUUAUUUGCGAGCCUCUUCAACUCAUUUUUGCCACCAUAAAAAAGAUAUAUUGUUAGUGGGGAAACACGAUGUUCAGUUUACACACAUUUUAUGACAGUGAACAUUGCAAACUGAGCAACAAGUCUCGUGUUCAAACUUCUUUUCUAUGUUAUUUUAGAAAGUCAAUAUGUCUACUGCCUUUCUUAAACUGUAUAUGUAACAGAUCAUAGUGUUAUGUAAUAAGCAUCAUGUAUGUACAUUUUGUUUUAACAAGAGAUUGAUUGAAAAUUAAUGAUUGUGACACAUAAAUGUUUUUGAAAUUAAAAGAUUAAGCCAUUUUGAGAGCUUGAUUUAAAACUUA